AUCGGCCUUGAAUUUCUUAAGGAUCUUAGGAUAAGUCCCCUGAAGCCCAUCAUGGAAAACACGAUAAGGGCCCCCUCCCCUCGAAAACACUCCGCCCUCCUUGCCGUCACAGACGACUUCGAUACUCCAUCUCAAGCACCGACGCCCACGCCCCCAGCCACUCUCACGGCCCACCCACACCUCGCACAUUACAUCCAUUCCCUUCUCAAUAACGUCCAUUUCCCACCUCCACGCUCAGCCCUUGUUGCUCAACACCCACUCAGCGUAUCGUCUUCGGGCGGAUCGGAUGGCAGUGACAGUGACGAUGAUCAUCAUGGGGACGUGUCAAACGUUUCCCAAAGCGGGUCAGAAGCUGCUUCGACGAGCGGUGCAAGUGGGGUGACAAAGAGUAGUCAGGAGGCGGGGGUAGCGAAAAGCGAUGAUGGGUCAGCUCGAAAAGCGACGACGGCUGAAAAAGAAGAGCUGGUAAAAAAGAUUGUAGAGUUGCUUGAUAAUGAUCAGGAGGAGGAGAUAAAGGGAACUUUGAAGCCGUAUAUGGGCGAGUUGGGCAAGGACGAUCUGCUAAUGGACCAAGUGUGUCUCGAUUGCAUGCAUAAGCGUCGAGACGACAUUGAGGGUCUCCCAUACGCUCCCCAUCUGACCCCCACCCGAGCAAGGGCUUCACCUGGCAUAGGCUCCCGGCCCUUCACGCCGACCAGGGUUCCUUCUUUCCGCUCCCGUACUCCGCUCAGCCGCACUCACUCUCCGGUACCCCCUAUCCCGUCCCACUCUUCUGUCACCGUGCCUCCAAAGCCAGCUUCCUCUUCCGGAUACAGUCCUGCCCCGUCCCCGCUUGCUUCUCCUCGUAUGCUCAAUGCCAAAGCAUCCACAUUUAACCCAUCUGCUAGAGUUGUAUCAGGUAUGAAUGCCUCUGCUCCCGGGUUUAUCCCGAGCGAUGCGUGGCGCGAUGCACCCUCUGCUGACCAACCGCCUCGUGCAGGUUCGCCAUUUGGCGCAAUCGGUGCGCCUAGCAUGACGCGUACGGGCUCAAAUCUUGCAAUCGCUUCGCCGCUCUUUAGUGAUCAGCAAAGUCCGUUCCAUUCGCCUGUCGGGACGCCACAGCGGACACCGGUCAAGAUGCCAGAUUUGUUCUCGUCCCCUGCUCAACGGGCUGCAGCGAGCAAAAGCAUUGUACCGGACGACGAUGACGAUGAUGAGUUUUCGCCUUUCGGAAAAGGUCUGCCAAAGUUACACCACCAUGAUACCUCUCUCAAGGCGGAUUCCAAACCCUUUAACCCUUAUUUUUUCGGUGCCCCACUUGGUCCCGCACUUAACGCCAGUGCCGGCGAGUACACUCCCAACAUGGCCAUGUCCGAUACGUCCACCUCGUAUUCCUCAUCCCACAUUGGUACAUCCGACGUGCUAGACGAGUCCACCACCGAGACCGGCUCUGGUAUGACCCCGCUCGACGUCCUGUGCAGCGUGUUCACCUCGGUUCCUCGGCCCGAGCUGGAGGAUGCCUUGCACAGAUCAGGAUACGACUUCGAGGCUGCCAUGUCCAUGCUUGUGGCGGCGUACACCAACCCAAGAAGCGGUGCGUCCACCCCUCAGCGAGUGUCAAGUCCCCGUCCGUAUAUUGGGAUGGGCCGAGGAGGAAGAGACGGGUAUUUCCCGACGGUAAGCAGUAGGACGUUAAGGAGGGAUAUAAGUCCGACUGGAGGGACACGGUCUCCUGCGGGAGCGAAUGGAGGGAAGAUGUGUAGAUAUUUCCUUGCGGGAGAAUGUAGGAGAUCGGAUUGUAGGUUUAGUCAUGAUCUCGAUCGGGCGAUGUGUAGGUUCUGGUUGAGAGGGCAUUGUGCCAAGGGGCCGAAUUGCGAGUUUCUCCACAAUUUCCCGAACAACCUCGACGUAUCUGCGCUCCAAUCGGCCAUGUCCCGAGUGGAACUUUCUCAAGAUGAGUACGCCCGUCCCGAUUCCCCUGGAAACUGGCAUCAGCCCCCCGAAGAGUUUCCCGACCUCACAACAGCUCGUUCCGCCAGAGCCCCGAGAUUUGACCCAUCAAGAAACAGAUUCGCAAACGCGAUCAAACGCGCCGCUCCUGCCCCUCCUCGAGACUUCCCUUCAACACAAGUCCAGCCAGCUCAUUCGCAAGACUAUUUAUCCGACUCUUCAACCUCUUCGGUUCCCGCUCUCCCUCGUCCAUCCAUGCGUAUAAAACUCCGCCCUCCUACGCUCUUACCCACCCUCAAAACCGGUACGGCCGCAAACGAGCAGUAUCUCGCCUCACGCUCCACCUCCAUCCGUCUCGGGCACGCUCGAAACGCUUGCCUUGCUCGUGCGGCAGACGCCUUCCGCCGUGGGGAUGGCGCGGCCGCUAAGCGAUUUUCGCGUGAAGGCAAGGCGCUUAACCAGAGAAUGUUGAAUGAAGCUGCCGAGGCAGCGCAGGGUUUGGUCAAGGAGAGACAGGCGGAAGCUAUGGAGGCAGUGAAGGAAAGGCCUGCUGGGUGGAGUGAUGAUCCCGCCGACAGGUCUCAAAGAGGUCAGGCGUGUGCGGGAGGUCUGGGUGUCAUCCUCGGCGUCGCCAGUGUUUCUCGACUCCCACCUGGCGCCAACGCGUCGUCCCUCACUUCUGAAGAACGCACCGAGGCCCUCCUUGACUUGCACACUUUGCAUGGCAAUGAAGCCGCCGAUAUUUUAGGCCAAUUCCUUGCGGAAUUGGAGAGAGAAAGGUUUAGGGGUCUGGCGUAUGUGGUAAUCGGGGAGGAGAAACAUGUGGGUACGCAGGAUGAGAAACGAGGAGCAGGUAAGGUGAGGUUGGGAGCGAGUGUGAAGAGUGCGUUGGCUGGAUGGGGGUAUGCCUGGAAUGAGAGCGCGGGAAUUAUUUGUGUGGAUCCUUGUCGGACUUAGGAAGAUUUCAGGGAUACCAAAUAUCAGUCAAUCAAUCGCACCAUGGCACGUUCAUCUUGUUUCCCUGCCCCCCUCCCAAAAAAAGCAUUUGUACCCAUCAACCCCUUUAUGAAUGUUCAGCAUAUAUAUACCCAACUCAUUCUUAUAUACACUCCAUAAAAAAGAAAAGAACAGCACGGGAAAAGGAAAAAAAGAAAGAAGAGGGUCGUGAUACGAUAAGAAGUAGUGCAAAAGAAAAGCCAAAACGCCAUGAUGAUUGAAAGGGAGAGCCUUUUAGAUCUUGCUUAGAUAUAGGAGAGGGGGUUAGUAUAGAAGUGUAUGAAUUGGUUCAAGAAGU